AUCACUGUGAAUUGUUUGUAAACCUUAAUAGCUAAAUUUAGCCGUGAUUGUUUGAGUUUAACGCAAAAUUAAUCUAAAAAUUUUGUUUAAUUACUUUGUUAGUAUGCAUGCAAGAAUCAAAAUUUCAAGUUAAUAAAGACUGAAUUUUUGAAUUAUGUUGUAAGCUAGAUGACAAUAUUGUAUGGUAUAGGUACAUAAAUUACUCCUGCAGCAAUGUCAUGGUAUAAAUUUGUUCUUCCGCAUCUUACUUUUUUUAUUCUUCAGGUCUCCAUUAGUUUUAUUGAUGUUGCUUGUCUGUCAGGUCCUGAUUUAAAAAUUUCAAAUGUUACUGAAACCCGAGUUCAUGUUGAAUGGAGUUCUGUUGUCUAUCCUAACACAUUUAUUGAAAAAUAUCAGGUAUCAGCAUAUCCUAUUAGAUCAUAUGCAAAAAUGGAAAUUUUAAAUCGAAACGAGUGGACCUUCUACAACAGUACAUUUCGUUCUGAUCUGGUACAAUUGCAUCCGGGUACUCUGUAUAACAUUAGUGUGUGGGCUGUGACAAACAAUGGCUAUACUGAUCCAACAACCAAAAAUGUUUGGACUGAAGUAGGAGGGGAAAAAAAAUGCAAAAACUACCAACUUGCACCCAAGCCAGAUGAACCCCCUCCAGUUGAGAUCAUAGAAAGGUCCGGAGAAAUAAUGAUGAUAGAUUUACCUGUUGGCCAAAGUGAUAAGGGACCAAUUACGAGUUACUAUGUGGUAGCUAUUGAGAAAAGCCCUAUUAUAUUUUUCAAUCCUGAAGAAGCUGGUAACUAUUCAUUCUCACAAGAAACGGGUCUUCCAUUUUACAUAACUGCAAAUCUUAGUCCUGAAGAAGCAAACCAAACUUUUGUAAUUGGAGAUAGGAAAACUUAUGAUGGAUACUACAAUGCACCAUUGUCAGAAAAGCAUGAUUAUGAGGUUCUAGUUGGAGUUGUCAGUUCUUUGAAUGGAGUUACUAAAGUAGCAUAUUCUCCACUGCAGUCUACCAUUGAAAGUCAAAAACGGUCUGGUGACAUUUCUAGAGCUCAGACAAGUUCACCAUUAUCUGUGAUCCUCUCAGCUGCUAUUGGAGUGUUUGGAUUUCUCCUAGUUUUAUCUGUUAUCAUUUAUUUCCUUCUUAGGAAGCGUUAUGGCAAACGAAGGCCAUCUGAUGAAAUGGUAUUAAGGGUUCAUGGAUCUGAAGGGCUUACAUCGGAUCAAAGUGAAUGCUUCCAGCAAGAAAAAGAUGAAAAUGGCUUUGUUCCUGGACUGUUACAAAUUAGUGAAGAUGCAGAUUUGUCUGAGGUAUAUGAAAAACUGAGAGAGAAAUAUUGGCAAAUACCUAGAAAUCAUUUAGAUGUUCAUCAAACUGUUUUGGGUAUUGGGCAGUUUGGUGAGGUUCGUGAAGGUGUUGUUCAUCGGAGGUCUCAAACAAUUCCAUGCAUUGUGCAGCACAUGCAAGCUCCAUCAUCUCUUUUAGAAAAAGAAAAAAGAGCUUUGUUAUGUGAAUUAGAUUUAAUGUCUAGGAUUGGGUUUCAUACUAAUGUAGUUGAAUUUCUUGGUGCUUGUGAUGCACGAG